UAAACAAUCAAGACAAACAAGACCAAUAUUCAGAUACCAAAUUUAAACACAAGACAUCUCGCAUUUGGAAACAUUUUAACAAUCGCCGAUAGCAUUUUAUGUUCAUUAUUGAAUAUCGGUCAUUUCGCAACGUUUGUCUAGUCGUAUAUUCGGAUGUUUUUUGAUUAAAUUUGUAGAAAAUUGCCUAAAACCCACCUAUCCGGAAAUGAAAGCUGACGUAAAAGAAUUGUCAAAAUGCCAGGGAGGCGCAAAUGUCAAAAUCUCAUCCAGGGCUACACAAAUACUCAGGGUUGCUCAGAGAAAGAUGGAACUGGCGCACAACAGCUGAUGCAAGUAAACAAUAUUAAAAUGUUAGAAAUUUCUGUGCAAUUGCUGGCAGUGGGGCUGCUUUGGGGUGUGACUAACCCAUUCAUCCGCCUGGGCAGCCGGGGAAUCGAGUCUGUCAAAGACACGGGCUCCAAGUGGAGAAAUAUUUUCCUGGAAGUACGCACGGUAGGCUCCCGUUGGCGGUACUGGGUUCCAUUUGGUCUCAAUCAAUGCGGUAGUGUUUUGUAUGUGUGGACAUUGCAAAGUGCCAGCAUCACGGUUGCCGUUCCAGUAGCCAACUCUCUGAGUUUUGCCUUCACAGCGAUAACUGGUUAUGCACUCGGCGAAACGUUGCCUGGCAAAAAAGUUAUCCUGGGAACGCUCCUAAUCUGCUGCGGCAGCACCCUCAUGAUAUACGACAAAGUUGUACAGGAGCAGCAGCAAGAAAACCAAAAUAUACCAUUCGAAUGAUCUAACCCUAAA